AUGCGAAGAAAUGCCGGUUACGAUCGUGUGGAACGUGCUCGUAGCAAAGGACCUCCAGCCCCGAGAGGAACGAAGACAGCACUUGCUGCAGCUGUGUCGAAUCGAUCAAAAGUGAACAUGUUGAUAACUAUCAUUUCGGUGGUAUGCGCUCAGUUAGUACUUUGUCUUAUAGCAGUAAUCAUCAUUAUCCUACAUCAUGCUCGUAUAAUAGACUGGUUCCCAGCUCUGCUCGAAGUGACAGGAAGAGGAUAUCUCGUGGAAGUCCCACCAGAUUACUAG